AUGGCGGCGAUAAUACAGGAGGUGGCGGCGCCGCAGGCCCCCGGUGCCGUGCAGUGGCCCCACACUCUGUGUGAAGGGGCGGAGGCCGUGUUUUCCCAGCAGCCACAGGACCUGGUGGUGGUGGCGGGCCAGCCGGUGACGUUGCCGUGCACCAUCCCCGGUUACCACGGCGUCGUCCUGUGGAUCAAAGACGGCCUAGCGCUGGGAGUUGGCAGGGACCUCGCCGGCUACCCUCGCUACACAGUGAUUGGCGACCACGGUUCAGGAGAGCAUCACCUGCGAAUCCAGCGCGUCGAGCUGAUGGACGACGCUGUGUUUGAGUGCCAGGCCGUCCAGGCUGCCAUGAGGUCCCGUCCUGCCCGCCUCACCGUGCUGGUUCCCCCGGAGGACCCGGUCAUCGGCGGCGGGCCAGUGGUGAGCCUGAGGGCCGGCGACCCGCUCAACCUCACCUGCCACGCCGACAACGCCAAGCCGGCGGCCUCCAUCAUCUGGAUCCGCAAUGGAGAGGUCCUCAACGGGGCCAUGUAUUCCAAGACGUUGCUGCGCGACGGCAGGAGAGAGAGCACCGUGAGCACGCUCUACCUGUCGCCCUCCAACAUCGAGACGGGUCAGCAGAUCACCUGCAAGGCCUCCAACAAGGCGGUUCCCAACGGCAAGGAGACCAGCGUCACCAUCGACAUCCAGCAUCUCCCACUUGUCAAUCUGUCCGUGGAGCCUCAGCCUGUUCUGGAGGGCAACCUCGUGAGAUUCCACUGCUCCGCAAAGGCCAACCCUCCCGUCACACUGUACAGGUGGGCCAAGGGAGGAGGCGUCAUCAAGGAGGUCUCCGGAGACACGUACGAGGUCAUCGUGGACCACUCCUUCUUCACGGAGCCCGUCUCCUGCGAGGUCACCAACUCCCUGGGCAGCACCAACGUCAGCCGCAACGUCGACGUCUACUUCGGCCCCCGCAUGGCCGCGGAGCCUCAGUCUCUGCAAGUGGACCUCGGCUCGGACGCCGUGUUCAACUGUGCGUGGACGGGGAACCCCUCCCUCACCAUCGUGUGGAUGAAGAGGGGCUCCGGCGUGGUCCUGAGCAACGAGAAUCUCCUCACGCUGAAGUCCGUGAGGCAGGAGGACGCCGGCAAAUACGUCUGCCGCGCCGUGGUGCCGCGCGUGGGAGCCGGGGAGAAGGAGGUCUCGCUCACCGUCAACGGGCCUCCCACCAUCUCCAGCACACAGACUCAACAGGCUCUGCACGGAGAAAAGGGACAAAUCAAAUGCUUCAUCCGGAGCACACCUCCUCCGGACCGCAUCGCCUGGUCGUGGAAAGAAACCGUGCUGGAGUCCGGGACGUCCGGCCGCUACACGGUGGAAACGGUCACGACGGAGGAAGGCGUCAUCUCCACGCUGACCAUGAGCAACAUCGUGCCGGCGGACUUCCAGACCAUCUACAACUGCACGGCCUGGAACAGCUUCGGCUCGGACACCGAGAUCAUACGCCUUAAGGAACAAGAAUCCCUCCCCGUGGCGGUGAUCAUCGGCAUCGCCGUGGGAGCGUUCGUGGCCCUCAUCGUCCUCAUGGGCACCGUCGGCGCGUUCUGUUGCACCCGCUCCCAGAGAAAGGAAGCGCACCUGGUUAUGCCCUCACUGCCCGUCUCCAUCUGUGCUCACCAGAGAGAACUUGCAAGCAAAAUUAAGACAGAAAAUCUGAAAGGAGCGGUGUCGGCGAAGAACGACAUCCGGGUGGAGAUCGUCCACAAGGACCACAACGCGGCGCGCGAGAGCGAAGAGCACACCUCCAUGAAACAGCUGAUGGUGGAGCGAGGGGAGUUCCAGCAGGAGUCGGUGCUGAAGCAGCUGGAGGUCCUGCAGGAGGAGGAGAAGGAAUAUCAGCACAUUAAGGACCCGACUAACGGCUACUACAGCGUCAACACCUUCAAGGAGCACCACACGCCCACCACGGCGGGCAACCAGUCGGCCGAGGCGGCGAGGAACCCCGCCGGCGCGGCCACGCUGGGCAAGCAGCGGGUGCCGACGGGCAUGUCCUUCACCAACAUCUACUCCACCCUGGGCGCGGGCCCCAACCGCCUGUACGACUACAGCCAGCGCUUCGUGCUGGGCAUGGGCAGCAGCUCCAUCGAGCUGUGCGAGCGCGAGUUCCAGCGCGGCUCGCUCAGCGACUCCAGCUCCUUCAUCGACACGCAGUGCGACAGCAGCGUCAGCAGCUACAGCAAGCCCGACGGCUACGUGCAGUUCGACAAGGACAGCAAGGCGUCGGCCUCGUCCUCCUCCCACUACUCGCAGUCGUCCUCGCAGAACUCGGACCUCACGCGGCCCCUGCAGAAGCGCAUGCAGACCCACGUCUGACCACCAGGGCGGCGCAGGGAGGAGCGCUUGGAUGCGGGUUGCGGUCGCAGCGAGGAGCCGGGAUUGUAAGACUGUGACGCAAUGAGCUCCCGCCGGGGCUCGGAGAGCAACUGUGUUACCGUGUGUGUGUGUGUGUGUGUGUGUGUGUGUGUGUGUGUGUGUCCUCCGGGUGCCCGGAGACGGACAACACACCGCGAGACUUGUUUCAGACUUCGCAAAGUCCCCCCCCCCCC